AUGGUCAGAUCCAUCUCCUGUAUUGACGAUGAUGAGUAUCUCCCUGACCGGAUUCCCUUGGCUCAGCUCUCAGAUGAGGAAAUGUUGGGCACAGGAGUCUGUAUCAAGAGAGAACUCGACGAAGGUGUCCACGAAGACAUGUAUUUAGAAAUUAAGGAAGAACCGUAUGAUUAUGCAGAUGAAGCAAAAUAUAAAGUGAGUGAAGUAAAAGUGAAAGAAGAAUUUCUUUUCUUCAAGGAUCUUCAAGACCUCAGGCAGGAUGUAAAUGAAAAAGACUCAUGUGAUUUUACUGUGGAUUGCAACGAUAUUUCAUCAGGAGCACCAUUAGUGGCCGAGGAUUGUGGGAACAGGUGCUCGUCAGAUUGGGAUGAGGCACCACUUAAGGAAACUUAUGAGGAGGUUACACAUGGAAACGUGGAUAGGAAAUUGAAGUGUUUUUCAUGUGAAGUGUGUGGCAAGACGUUCGAUAAUAAGACAUAUAUAAAGAUUCAUAUGAGAGUACACACAAAGGAGAAGCCAUAUGGCUGUGAAUUUUGCAACAAAGCUUUCUCAAGGAAGAGUGACCAAGUGAAGCACAAAAGAGUACAUACAAAGGAGAGGCCAUACAGCUGUGAAAUUUGCAAGCAAGCCUUCUCACAGAAAAAGAGUUUAGUAAAGCACAUGAGAGUACAUACGAAUGAGAAACCCUAUAGCUGUGAGAUUUGCAAUAAGGCCUUCUCAGAUAAAUCCAAUUUAGUGGAACACAUGAGAGUACAUACAAAGGAGAAGCCAUACAUCUGUGAGAUCUGUAAUAGGGCUUUUGCUCAUACUAGUUCAAGAGUGAUACACAUGAGAGUACAUACAAAAGAGAAACCAUACAGCUGUGAGAUUUGCAACAAGGCCUUCUCAAAGAAUUGUUCCCUAGUGCAACACAUGAGAGUACAUACUAAGGAGAAACCAUACAGCUGUAAUAUUUGCAACAAGUCCUUCACUGUGAAAUGUAGUCUUGUAAAGCACAUGAGAGUACAUACAAAGGAGAAGCCAUAUACCUGUGAGAUUUGCAAUAAAGCCUUCUCUCUAAAAUACGUUCUAGCACAACACAAGAAAGUACACACAAAGAAAUAAUGUAGCUGAGGUUUCUCUCAAGAAAAAUUGAUUUAGUGAUUUAGUGAUUUACGUAAGGUUUCCCUCACACAAAAUGAUUUAGCGAUAGUGUGCAGGCAUGCAGAGUAGAAGCCAUAUAGGUAUUUAGCCAUAUAGAUAUCCUCGAGAUUUUCGUAUUCUUGUAUUCUCUGGAAAGAAAGAAUACCAGAGUGUACAUAAAGGUUUCACAUAUAACAAAUAUUUUAGUUUCCAUUGACUUUUUAUCCAUAUGCAUAUGUCUGUUGUCACUGACCAGGGGCGUUCAAAAUACAGCUGCUAAUGUUCAUAGCAUUCAAAGAGGCUGCGAUUCUUCCCCAGUAUAGCCACUGAUAUGGAGGUCAUUGGCCAGUUCAUACAUGAGAGUUGUAAUCUUUAGCAUGAUAUUGUUAUUACAAAUAUGGGUGGAAAUUUCAUGCAUUUAACAUGAAAUAGUGUAUAAAAUGUUUUAUAUUAACAGGUAAGUGGACUCCAGAAAAGAAAAAAAUAUUUUGUAUGUUUGAUAUAAGAUUUGUAAGUAAAGGUGUUUCUUUAGACAGUAUUUCAAAUUCAUGUUUACAUUUUGUGGUCUAGAAUGAUAGUUGCUGAAAUGACAGGGUAAUUUUUUUCAAUGUAUUACUCAUAUUAUGGGAUUUUGACUUUGGAGGGAUGAAUAUCUUCCAAAUCAUAAUGUACAGU